UCUUCCAGAGAAGCAAAGAAUUUAAAGUUCUUCUUCAAAACAAACAUUAAAGUUGCUGCCUUAGAAGACAACUGGACAUCAUUUGAAUCUUCCCAAAAUCCAGAAGACAACACGAAGAAAGACGCAGAAGUGAGUUGAGGAGAAAAACAAAAAGUCUUGAUUUUCCUAAAAUCCAGCAGAAAACAAGAAGGAAGAAGAAAAAGUGAACCAAGGAAAAAGGAAGUUGAACUGUAAAUCCAAUGAAAGAGGCUGAUGUCACWAAAAGAAACAAGAACAGAAGAAAACUGACCACACUAAAGUGUUUUUUUUAUUAUUGUUUGUUUGAACUUUCACCUCUCUUGGAUGCUGUAGAAUAAAACUCCUGCUCCAAAAAUCAGAGGAAACAAGUCGGGUGAGAAAGACAAAAACAUCCAGCCAAGAGACAACAUCCCAAAGAAACCAAAGAAUAACAAACAUCUGGAAAAAAGGCAAGACGAAAAAUAAACCAAAAACUGUCCAGGUUUACCGUGAAAACAGACUGAAGGGGUGAGCAUGCAGCUCCUGAAGCUUUUUACACCUUUUCUUUCCAUCCUCUACGCCGUGCACUCUGUGGCUCCGGUGAGCAGCGAAGGGCGGCUGGAGCGCUGGGUCCAUCUGGGUCUCCAGCUGGUGCAAUGGAAUCAGCUGCACCACUGCCUCCACACAUCCUCCAGGUCUGAGGCAGACUGCAGGCGCCUGCUGCACCUGCCUCUUCCCUCUGUGGCUGUUUAUGUGUCGGAGCCGCACAGCACCGCAGGGUUAUCGGACAAAGUUCAUGUAAUCCUGCCGGACUCAUCAAACGAGAUGCUGAACUCCAAGCUGCGGGGUAGUUUCAGCAUGGGGCGGAUGCUGAACAGAGGCAGUGGUCCCCUCAGAGACCAGCAGCCCCUACAUGGCUCCAUGGCUCAUGAUGCUGUACUGGUGCUUGAUCCCAGCCCAGGAGAGAACUUUGGACACCCUGUGUUCCUUUUUUAUGUGGAUUUGAAUGUAACAAAAAAGAGAUGCUCCCACCAGGAUGGCAUUUAUCUGGGUGAGGAGUGUUUGACGCUGGCCUUGAAGGGUCGCUGUCAGAACCAACUGAAGCGUCACCAAACAAGCCCAGAGAGGCUUUUUAAUAACAACCGGCUGACAAGUGGGAUACUGCGUGGAGGCGUUGGUGGCAGCCAUCUGCUAAAUCAAGCCAUCAGAGGCUUCUGUGAGGUCCACUUCCUGCCAUUGGUGGUGUCGGAUGGAGACAGCAGCCGCACACAGAGACUCAGAUGUGUUGAGCAUGCAGAGUUUGCYAGGUGUCCUCAGCUGCUGCCCAUCAGCUCGCCCAGUCUGCCCAUCUCCAGCUGUGAGCUGAAUAAAAACACCCGACGCUGCCACCCGCAGACGGUGGCCACUCAUCUUUCCUGUCGUCUCUACCAGACCUGUGACCAUGCAGUUCUCAUCUCAGGUUAGAUUAAUUUUAU